GAAAAGAGAGAGAGAGAGAGAGAGACCGAAGAAACCGAGAGGCGGACCUGAGUCGUGCCUUCGUUCGUAUCCAAAUUCAUGUCCCGAUCUCAUCACACAUGACUUGGAUUACUUUACUCUCUCCUUGAGGAUCUUGAGUAUUAUUAUAUAGGGACAGCUCAUUGCGUGGACCGGUCGGAGAGGGGGGAUUAAAUUAAUGGGCAACUUGGGUUAUGUCAGGAGAAGCACGCAAGAAAUGAGGGCAGCCGUUCGGCCUGAGGCCUCGAGGGGAUGAAGAAGAAACCGAGGAGGAAGCUGAAGAUGGAAGCUUGGCGUUAAAGGGCAGAGGCGAAAAGCAGCGCGGACAUCGGUACGAGAAAAGGGUCGGCGCCGACAGCAGCGAUGGUGGAGUCUCCGAAUCCUUCGUCGACGGCUUCGAAGGGUAGCGACGGCGGCAGCAGUGCGAUCAGUAUCGACGGGACGGUGAAAAGCCAUCAUGGGAGCUGCGACGGCGACGGGAAGCAGGGGUCCGGGUUCGCUCCGGCGACGCCGUCGAGCGGGAGCGGCUCCUUCGCCUUGCGCAAUCUGAGGAUCGUGCUGCUGUUCGCCGGACUCGGGGUCUCGUGCUUGCUCCUCUACGGCUCGGCCAACCCUCUUGCAGCGUUCUUGCCCAGUUCGUUCUAUCCUGCCCGCACCGCUUCCAAGGUUAAUGGCACGUUCAACAACUUGGACAGAGUCCUUAAGGAGGCGUCCAUGGAGGACAAGACGGUGAUACUGACGACCCUGAACGACGCGUGGGCAGAGCCGGGCUCUAUAUUCGACGUCUUCCUCGAGAGCUUCAAGAGAGGCAAUGGGACACUCAAACUCUUGGACCAUCUCGUGAUCGUCGCGCUCGACCACAAGGCCUAUGUCCGCUGCUUGAAGCUGCACCCACACUGCUAUGCCCUCCUGACCCAAGGCACCGACUUCUCCGGGGAGGCGGACUUCAUGUCGGCCGACUAUCUGCAGAUGAUGUGGAGGAGGAUCGAUUUCCUCAGGGAGAUCCUUGAAAAGGGUUACAGCCUCAUCUUCACGGACACGGAUAUCAUGUGGCUCCGGGAUCCGUUUCCAAGGUUCUAUACUGACGCGGAUUUCCAAAUUGCUUGCGAUUACUUCGGGGGGAACCCGUCCGACAGAAACAAUGCGCCAAACGGUGGGUUCACCUACGUGAAGUCGAACAACAGGACGGUCGAGUUCUACAAAUUCUGGUACCGCUCCAGAGAACAGUAUCCCGGGAAGCAUGACCAGGACGUGCUGAACGAGAUCAAGAUGGACCCCUUCCUUGAUGAAAUCGGGCUCCGGAUGAAGUUCCUGGACACGGCGUAUUUUGGGGGGUUCUGCCAGGCGAGCAGGGACUUGAAUCUGGUCUGCACGAUGCACGCCAACUGCUGCGUCGGCCUCGACAACAAGAUCCACGACCUCAAAAUUCUGCUCGACGAUUGGAGACAAUACAUGAAGCCGCUCCCUAACGCAAACCCAUCCCUGUCCUGGAGCGUCCCGCAAGACUGCAAGGGGUCCUUCAACAAGCCGCAUCAUCAUCAUAAGCAGCAAGAUUAACACGGGGAAUCACUCCAUUUUGUGUAUGCACAUUCAAGGAUUCUUACUUUCUUUUAUAAACGUGUGAUAAGUUCUGCAAAUUUUUUUUCCAUGCCUUUUCUCAUUGCUUUGGGAAAUGUCAAUAUAGUUUUAGGUUUGCCUCUUCAAUUCCAUGUUGGAUUCAAUAUGUCUAUUGUUAGGGGAAAUUGAAAGAAAGUCUUUUUUUUUUUUUUUGCACACCCUUUUGCUUGCUUGUACACGGACUGAUUCCAAAUCAUGUACGUGAUGGUGAGUGGUUCAAA